UGAGGGAUUGUGGAUUUCAAAGCCCGGAUAAUAGGCUAGUUGCCUAGCUAGGGUGUGGUAGCCUCGUGUGUGCUGACUUGUUACUGCGUGUACACAGUUCAUCGAGAUAUCUUGGAGUUGUUAAAUGAGUGACAUUGAGAGGCCGUCGGAUGUGGAUGUAGUGCUGCCAGGAUCUACAAGCCGAUUACAUAGCGCGUAUUAUUACUAUCCAGAUAUGGCGGACUUUUCAUCCAAAUCCCCGGAUGAUGACGUUGGGACGGUUAGACUUGUUGGAUCGGCUCAACCGUCAGAAGACGAACUAGGCGGGAAUGAACGAGUUGUGAUUGCUAAUGAUCCAAGCCAGCCUGAGGGAAACGAUUAUGCUGGCAAUCGUAUUGUGACAUCGAAGUACAACAUUUUGACCUUUUUACCUAAAAAUCUAUUUGAACAGUUUCAAAGAGUUGCCAAUGUGUACUUCUUGUUUCUUCUCAUCUUACAGCUGGUACCACAGAUCAGUUCUCUCAAUCCUGUUACAACUGCUGUCCCUCUUGUAUUUGUGUUGGGAGUUACAGCUGUCAAGGAUGCAUAUGAUGACUUUUUGCGACACCGUAGUGAUGAUGAAAUCAAUCAUCGGGAUACAUUUGUUCUACGUAACAAGAGUUUUGUUACUGUUGUAUGGGAGAAGGUGAAAGUUGGUGAGAUUAUCAAAGUUAAGAACAACGACUUCAUUACGGCAGAUUUGUUAGUUUUGUCUUCAUCUGAGGAGAACAACCUUUGCUACGUUGAGACUGCAGAAUUAGAUGGUGAAACCAACUUGAAGGUUAGGCAGGCAAUACCUGAAACAGCAGAAUUGGGUGACAACGAGAACAAUCUUGGUGAAUUUGAUGGUGAAGUGAAGUGUGAAACUCCUAACAAUAAGUUGGACAAGUUUGAUGGAAGGUUAGAGUGGAAGAACAACAAGUAUUCUCUGAACAACAACAACCUUCUUCUAAGAGGUUGUCGUCUUCGUAACACGAACACAGUUUAUGGUCUUGUAAUCUUUGCUGGCCAUGACACCAAGCUGAUGCAGAAUGCUGGCGACACCUCAUUGAAAAGAACUGGCAUUGAUCGUCUGAUGAACUGGCUUGUCAUAAUGGUUACAAUUAACUUAUAUAGCAUCUCUCUUUGUCAAUUGGCACUAUUCAUGCUAGAUGCUCUUUUUCAGAUUUUUGGUUGUCUUGCAACACUCGCUAUAAUUUGCUCAAUAGCUGAGAGUAUUUGGGAGAGAGGAACUGGAGAUGCAUUCCAGUGGUACGUUCCAUGGGAAGACGGCUUGGACAGUCCCACAAUUAUUGCCAGUUUGCAGUUUUUCUCUUAUAUUAUUGUGAUGAAUACAUUGGUUCCCAUUUCUCUUUAUGUCAGUGUGGAAAUUAUACGUCUGGGUUUGAGUUGGUUGGUUGACUGGGACGUUGAGAUGUAUGACAAAGAGUCAGAUACACCAGCAAAGGCAAGGACGACAACUUUGAAUGAAGAACUAGGGCAGAUACAGUACAUCUUCUCAGACAAGACAGGAACACUGACACAAAAUGUUAUGACAUUUCAUAUGUGCAGUAUAGGAGGAGAUCUGUAUGGUAGAAAACCAAAUGCUCCCAGACUGUCUGGCAGUGAAGAGACAAUAAAGUUAGAUGGUCGUGUUGACUUCUCCAGUAAUGAAUAUGCUGACCAAGACUUUGAGUUCUAUGAUGCGUCUUUAGUGUCUGACUGCCGUACUAAACAGGAAGUAAUUGACUUCUUUCGUUUGAUUGGAUUAUGUCACACUGUGAUGCCUGAGAAAAACGGAACAACAAAGAGACCUCAAUAUCAAGCACAAUCUCCGGAUGAAGGAGCUCUUGUGGGAGCAGCAGCUAACUUUGGAAUAGCUUUCAUAGAACGUACACCUUCUGUUGUGACUUUGAACGUGAAUGGCAAGAAUGAGCAGUACCAAGUACUAUGCAUUCUUGACUUCGACAAUGUGAGGAAGAGGAUGUCAAUUGUUGUCAGAGGACCAAGUCCCACUGACAGAAUAAGGCUGCUUUGCAAGGGAGCAGACAACAUGAUAUUGGAUCGUCUGGCUAGUGGACAAGAUGAUAAAAGGAAGGAGACAUUAGAACACUUGAAAGGGUUUGGUUCUGAAGGGUUACGAACAUUGUGCUUGGGAGCUAAAGAUCUUACUGAAAGUGAAUGGGAUGCAUGGAACAAGAAAUAUCACGUAGCUAGCACAACAACACAGAAUAGGGAUGAAAAACUCAGAGAUGUUUAUGAAGAAAUUGAGACUGACAUGACUCUUCUUGGAGCAACAGCUGUAGAAGACAAGUUACAAGAUGGAGUGCCUAGCACUAUUGCAAGACUAGCAAGUGCAUCUAUCAAGAUUUGGGUACUGACUGGAGACAAAGAAGAAACAGCCAUUAACAUUGGUUUCUCUUGUCGCCUGUUGACUAAUGAAAUGAAGGAGGUAUUUGUUGUCGAAGGACGAGAUGUUGAAAGUGUCACUUGCUCUUUAACUCAUCUAAAUGAGAUGAUUAAGUCAUCUCUAAGAGAAUAUAGAGGGCUGCGUGAUGAUGAUGAAGUUGACUUUGUUGAUGGAAAGGUUCAUACAAGUGGACUUGAGCCUAGGGAGAGUGUAAAUUGUGUUGACUUACCAGAUGGAGAGAUAAACAAAGAACCUGAAUUUGCUCUUGUCAUCAAUGGAUUCAGUCUGUCUCCUGCUCUUCAUGAACGUGUGGAAGAUCUUUUUGUGAAGACAGCAUGUAUGUGUAAAGCUGUCAUCUGCUGUCGAGUUACUCCACUCCAGAAAGCAUUAGUGGUAGAGUUAGUAAAAAAGCAUAAAGAAGCUAUUACUCUUGCCAUCGGAGAUGGAGCCAAUGAUGUGAGCAUGAUCAAAGCUGCUCAUAUUGGUGUUGGAAUCAGUGGGAAAGAAGGCAGGCAAGCAGUGCUUGCAAGUGAUUAUUCCUUAGCUCAAUUUAGGUUUCUUGAGCGACUAUUGUUGGUUCAUGGCAGAUGGUCUUACAUGAGGAUGUGCAAAUUCUUGCGAUAUUUCUUUUACAAGAACUUCGCUUUUAGUUUUGCUCAAUUCUUUUAUGCUUGGUUUUGUGGAUUCACAGCUCAGACUGUGUAUGAUGCUUGGUUUAUCACAUUCUACAACGUGAUCUUUACUUCUCUGCCUGUAUUGGUACUUGGAAUUCUUGACCAGGACGUUGACGAGGCAACCUGUCUUCGUUAUCCCAAAUUGUAUGUUCCAGGACAGCAGAACAGACUGUUUAAUGUCAAAGUCUUCCUACUGAGUUUGUUCAAUGCAAUUGUGGUUUCAACAUUUCUUUAUUUCUUUGCAUACGAAGCAUUCUAUCUGUCUGUGGAUGGAGACGGCAAGGAUGCAGCAACAUUAGAUGUCUUUCAAACAACUCUUGCAGGAUGUCUUGUUCUUGCUGUGAAUUUGCAGUGUGGCUUGGACACAUACUACUGGACUGCAGUUAACCACGUUUUUAUAUGGGGCAGCAUCUUGGUCUGGUAUCUUUUCAUUUUCGUGCUCUAUGGAGAAAGAGGCUUGAAUUUCUACUUACCUGCUGCUUUCCCGGCUGGAGCUGUUGCUCCUUUUACUCUCAACCUUCCAAUCUUUUGGCUGUCUGUAUUACUUAUUGCAGCCGUUUCAUUAGUUCCUCUGAUGACUGUUCGUUAUCUGUCAAAUGUGUGGAGUCCAACUCUUAUUGAUGUAGUGAGAAAACAGCGGGGCUCAGAGUGCUGUGAAUGUCAUGGAAUUGCAAUCAGGCAAAGUAAGAAACGCUUGGAAGAAGAUGAAGAGAGACCUGGCAGAGCCACACCCUCACAGUUAGGAAGAGACGACACUAAAUUAUCAGUAACCGGGUUUGCCUUCUCACAAGAACCAGGAUUUGGAGACCUAAUUCAAUCAGGUAGGCUGUCGUAUGUUGAAACAAGGCACCCAAAGAGUUCACUGUCUAGUGAUAGGCUGCCUGUGGAACGAAUUGUCAUGCCGCCAGACAAAUCUCCAACACAUGAUGGUGAUAGCAUCCAUCCUGAGUCGACAUGACAUCUUAAGUUAUAUAUCUUUGACUUUUAACCCUUCAAUAUCCCCUAAGCAUGGGACUGUAUGCGUGCAUUGAAAGUCACACUGUGAUUAAUUAUUAUAGUUUGUUUGCAAAACAUACAAA